AUGAUUGGUGUUGAUUAUAAAUACAACUUUAAAUUCAUUGUCAUAGGUUCCAGUGGUGUAGGAAAGACUGCACUUCUAUCACGCUUAAUUGAUGGAACUUUCUCACCAGAAAAUCAAUCAACAAUUGGCGUUGAAUACCUUUCUACUGUUAUCGAAGUAGAUGGAAACCCUAUCAAACUUCAAAUAUGGGAUACAGCUGGUCAAGAAAAGUUUAGGGCUAUUGCCAAGUCCUAUUUUAGAAAUGCUGUUGGUGUAAUUUUAGUAUAUGAUAUUACAGAUCGUAAAUCUUUCGAUGAUUUAGCAUUGUGGUUGAACGAUGUGCAUACUCUUUGCGACCCAAAUGCUGCCGUGACUUUGAUUGGUAAUAAAUUAGAUUUAUCUUCCUCUCGAGCUAUUACAACUUCAGAAGCUACAUCGUUCGCAAAUACACAUCACCUCUUGUACCUGGAAACAUCCGCGCGUGGUGGUGAUAAUGUUCAAGAAGCUUUUGCACGUGCAACGAAAUCUGUAUAUGAUAGAGUUGAAAAUGGGCAAAUUGUUUGUAAGACAACUACUACAUCACAAAAGAAAGCAAAAAGUGAUGGUGGCUGCCAAUGCUAA